AUGGGGUUGUGUCCUACUAGGCGAUGUUAUAACCUAGCUAUAAAGCAAAGUGAUGCAGCAAAAAAGGAAAAGAGAAAGCAGGAGCUAAGUCAGAGUGAGGAUGUGAAGGGAGGGAAAAUGGAAAGACUAGAACCAAAUGAGGAGUUUAAAGAGGUGGAAUUAAUUGCAGGCGACUUCCAGAAAAUGACCCGGAUAGGGUCGCAGAUGUCGAAGGAGUUGGAGAUGUUAACGAUAAUUUUUUUAAGGAGGAACCAUGACAUGUUCGCGUGGAGCCCUUCUGACUUUAAAGGUAUAGAUCCUGAGGUAAUCGUACAUAGAUUAAAUAUUGAUGCUCAGGUUAAACCCAUGAAGCAGAAAAAGAGGAUGUUUAGGGUAGAACGAAACAAAAUUAUCGAGGAGGAGGAAAGUGGCGCAGGUUGUGCCUUAUCUAGUAUGAUGGAUGCUUACCAAGGCUAUCACCAAAUCUUUAUGGCGAAGGAAGACGCAGAAAAGACAACAUUCGUAACUGAGAAUGGGGUUUAUUGCUACAAUGUUAUGCCGUUCGACUUGAAUAAUGCUAGAGCUACCUAUCAAAGGUUGGUCAAUAGAAUGUUUAAGGAUCAUAUUGGAAGCACAAUGGAGGUCUAUGUUGAUGAUAUGUCGGUGAAAAGUAAGCAGGAGGACGACCAUUUGACACAUUUGGAAAUAGUCUUCAGUAUCAUGCGAUCUUACGGGAUGAAAUUAAAUCUGGCUAAAUGUACCUUCGGGGUUCGAGGUGGCAAGUUUCUUGGCUAUAUGGUUAGUGAAAGGGGAAUUGAGGUAAACCUUGAGAAGAUAAAGGCAAUUAUGCAGUUGGGGUCCCCCACAUCGGUGAAAGACGUUAAGAAGCUAACAGGUAAGGUUGCAUCUUUGAAUUGCUUCAUCACCAGGUCAGCAGAUCGCAGUUUACCUUUUUUCAAAGUUCUAAGAAAGAUUGAAAAUUUUGAGUGGAAUGAAGAAUGUGGGAGAGCUCUUCAAGAUCUCAAAAUGUAUUUAGCGACCCCUCCCCUUCUUUCUAGUCCUAUGGUAGGGGAAAAAUUGUAUGUAUAUUUGGCAGUGUCGGAUGAUGCUGUUAUGUCAAAACCAGAUACUUCAGGUAAGAUGGUUAACUGGGCGGUCGAGCUAGGGGAGUUUGAUAUAGAAUUGCAGAUUAGAAAUGCUCAGGAGAAGGAUGUGAGAUGGUUACUGCAUGUGGACGGCUCGUCAAAUUCAAAGAAUAGGGGAGCUGGAAUAUAUUUACAAGGUACGGAUGGAGUGGAAAUUGAGAUCGCGGUUAGAUUGAACUUCCCUGUGACCAAUAAUGAAGCUGAGUACGAGACACUUAUACAAGGUCUUCAGACAGCAUUAGAUGGAGGAGUGAGGCAGUUGGACGUGUAUACGGACUCGCAGCUGGUCGCAAUGCAGGUGCAUGGUGUGUACGAAAUGCGAGAAUGGUCUAUGAUGCAGUAUUUAGCAAAGGUAAGAGAGAUGAUGGGUAAGUUCGACAGAUGUGCACUCCACCAGAUUCCAAGGGACGAGAAUGCAAGAGUUGAUGCCUUAUCCAAAUUUGGGGCUAUGGUGGAAGGAAUCAAGGAGAGAAAGACCACUGUGAUGAUUAAGUCAAUUCCAAUGAUAGAUGAGAAAACCAUUCAGGUAGCAGCAAACUCAUGGAAAAUACCUUACAUUUGA